AUGUAUCUGAAAGAAGGAUGCUCCUUACUGCUGAAAAUCCACAAACCCACAAGACCCUUGGUGCUCAGCUCAAACCCAAACCUAGUUCCCAGCUUAAACCCUAAACCCCAAACUGAACCCACCCAACCCAUUUUGAAAGAGUCUGAAGUCUUUCAGAGGCUGAAGCAUGAGCCCCAGUUGGGUCUGGCAUUGGAGUAUUUCAGGUCCAUUUCCAACUCCAGAGCUUUCAAACACACCCAAUUGACAUACACGGCCAUGAUUGAGAAGCUUGGGAGCCAAUGUGAAAUGGAUGGUGUGCAGUACUUGAUGCACCAGAUGAAACUGGAGGGGGUGAGUUGCUCUGAGGACUUGUUUAUAAGUGUGGUAAAGGCUUAUAGGAGAGCUGGGUUGGCUGAGCAGGCAUUGAAGGUGUUUUAUAGGAUAAGAGAAUUCGGGUGCAAACCGAGUGUGAAGAUUUACAAUCACUUGUUGGAUGCGUUGCUUUGUGAAAAUAGGUUUCGGAUGAUUAAUCCGGUGUAUGUUAAUAUGAAGAAAGAUGGGAUGGUGCCGAAUGUGUUUACUUAUAAUAUUUUGUUGAAGGCAUUGUGUAAGAAUGAUAGGGUGGAUGGUGCACAUAAGUUGCUUGUUGAAAUGUCUAAGAAGGGAUGUUGUCCUGACACGGUGAGCUAUACGACUGUAGUGUCUGCAUUGUGUAGGCUUGGGAAGGUAGACGAAGCGAGGGAGCUUGCUUGUAAGUUUGAGCCUAAUGUGGCUGUUUAUAAUGCUUUGGUUAAUGGAUUGUGCAAAGAGUUCAAGUUUGAAGAGGCGUUGGUGUUGCUGGUUGAAAUGGCUGAUAAGGGAUUAGACCCUAAUGUCAUUACAUACUCGACGGUUAUUAGUUCUCUUUCUGAUAUGAGGAAUGUUGAGUCUGCUCUUGCAGUUUUGGCUAAGAUGUUUGUGAGGGGAUGUAGGCCUAACAUUCACACCUUUACUUCCUUGAUAAAGGGUUAUUUUAUGGAAGGUAGAGUUAGUGAAGCUCUGGACUUGUGGAACCGCAUGGUGUGUGAGGGAUUUGAGCCAAAUGUUGUUGCAUAUACUACUGUUAUACAUGGUCUCUGCUCUGUUGGGAAUAUGCGCAAAGCUAUAUCUGUUUUACAUGAGAUGCAGAAAAAGGGUUGUUCUCCAAAUGUAACCACAUAUAGCACUCUUAUUGAUGGGUUUGCAAAAGCUGGCAACCUUGUUCGGGCAUCUGAGACUUGGAACAAUAUGAUGGACUGUGGUUGCCGUCCUAAUGUAAUAGCAUAUACCUGUAUGGUGGAUGUUCUGUGCAGGAAAUAUAUGUUUAAUCAAGCUCAAUGUCUUUUAGAAAAUAUGACUGCAGAAGGCUGUCCUCCAAAUAUAGUUACUUUUAACACAUUUAUUAAAGGGUUAUGUGAAGGUGGAGAAGUAGAUUGGGCUGUCAAGGUGCUCAACAAGAUGAGGGACAAUGGGAGUUUGCCUAACAUUACAACAUAUAAUGAGUUAUUGUAUGGUCUCUUCAAGGUGAACAAAUUCAAAGAAGCAUUUGGACUUGUCAGGGAGAUACAUGAUAAGGGAUUGAAAUUGAAUUUGGUAACAUACAACACCAUUUUAAAUGGUUUUUGUCGUGCUGGGAUGACCAACGAGACUAUGCAGGUUUUUGGCGACAUGCUGAAAUGUGGAACAAAGCCUGAUACCAUUACAUAUAACAUACUGAUAUAUUUCUUUUGCAAGCAAGGGAGGAUAGAGAGUGCUAUUCAGCUUUUCAACAGUACUGGUGCAGCAAAGGAGUGGUGCCCAGAUGUAAUAACUUAUACUAGUCUUCUAUGGGGAAUUUGUAGCUCAAUAGGUCUAGACGAGGCCAUGGUUUAUCUUCAUAAGAUGAUAAGUGAAGGUAUCUGCCCCAACUUUGGCACAUGGAAUGUAUUGGUGCAGUGUUUCUUUAGCAGCUUAGGUCAUUUGGGGCCAAUCUACAUACUGGAUGAAAUUCUUCAUGAUGGAUAAGAACCGAGAGCUCCCUUGUUCUUAUAAAGAAUUAUCUGUUACCCCUACUAUUGUUGAAAUGACAGAUGCUAACCUUGACUUUGAGCAUAUGCUGCCACAGCCUCGUUGCUUUCCUAUGGUAUGGCAAAGCCCGAGGACUACCUUCUCAGUGUAACACUAAA